AUGGUGUUACUCGCUGGUUCCGGUUGGGUCCCUAUCGGCGACCAACUUCUCCUGAUGGCCACUAUACUCGUUGCAUAUAUGGCUGGUGUUAUCCCUAUUCAAAACUCCGGAGAGUCCAGACUCCAGACUCCAGAUGUUGGAACUUGGGAAUCUUCCGGUAGGGAGACGGAUGUUGUGAGUGAUUUCAAGUCUGCAUGGGAUGUUGUGAACGGAAAGCUAUUAGAUUCUUUAGACGCCAUCAAGAGAGAGAGAGAGAGUACACUUGGAAGCAGAGUCCUCAAAUCCAAACCGCCUCAAGGGAAGCCCCCAUUGAGUUUGUAUGCAAUAUCUGAGGGGCCCCAAUUGUACUUGCUCUGGUCAUGCUGA